AGGUGGUCGGGGAGAGGCGUCAGAGGGCUCCGGCUUCUCUGCUGAGCGGUCCGGGCUGUGGGAGCUCAGCUCAGCGAGCUAUUUUGAAAGUGACCCUGAAAGGUUUGCAGCUGUUUACGACCAUGACUGAAGAUGACGGAUUCAGUUGUCGCGGAGGGCCAAGUAAAACUGAGAGACGGGAAAAAGUGGAAAAAUAGAUGGCUGGUGCUUCGGAAACCUUCUCCUGUAGCAGAUUGCUUGCUGAUGCUGGUGUUCAAAGACAAGUCUGAAAAGAGUCGAGGGAACAAGGAGAGGAGCAGUGUGGUCCUGGAGGAUAUAUGUGGUUUAGAGCCCGGACUUUCAUUUGAAGGAGUGAAUCACAUCCUUGCAAUAAUCUGCCUGGGGCAAACUGUGUUGCUGGCGUUUGAAAACAAAGAUACCAUGUGUGCCUGGGACAUACGGACUUGCUACAGCCUCGGAGAAGUUCACAGAUUCCAUGUCACGGUGCUACCCGGUACUAAACUGGAAAGUGGACCAGCCACCCUUCACUUCUGCAACAAUAUCUUUGUGCUGGUGAGGGAUGUCCCCCCAAUCAUCAUUGGGCACUGGAAGCUCUCGGACAUGAGGCGCUAUGGUGCCAUUCCCAAUGGAUUUGUCUUUGAAGGAGGUUCCCGUUGUGGCCCCUGGGCCGGAGUUUUCUUCCUGUCCUGUACCGACGGCGAGCGGAUUAGCUUCCUGUUUGACUGCAUCGUCAGAGGGAUCUCACCGACUAAAGGGCCUUUUGGCCUGAGGCCAGUAUUGCCAGAUCCCAGUAUGAGCCCAGCCUCCAUCGAGGAGAGGAUCAGCCACGAGGCCCUGGAGCUGGAGAAACGAUUAAGUAUUCUGUCACAGUCCAGUCGGCACAGCAGUGGAGGAGAUGACCGGAGCCUCUCCAGCUCGACCGAGUCCUCAGACACCAGCCAGUCAGACAGUGCCAGUGUGGGCAGCCGCCUCACCCUGUGGCCGGAGCAGCCGGUGGCUGGUGGCCCCCCGGACCCAAUGCUGCUGAUGCCUCCGCCACUGGCCUCUAGGCCACCGGGCCUGGUCGAUGAGAUGUCUCUGAUGGAGACAGCGGGGAGGGGGGGUCUGAGGGGAGCUGGGACUGGGGCCGCCCCCCACCACCCGCCUCCCCCUCCUCUGGCCCCCGCUGCCAAGCCGCCGCGCCCCCGCAAGCUGCAGGAGGUGGGCCGGCAGAGCUCGUCGGACAGCGGCUUCGCCACCGGAAGCUUCUCCUCCUCGUCGUGCGCCGGCAGCCUGGCUGACGACUUCGGCUCGCAACUCAGCUUGCCCUCUCUGCGGGCCCCCAGGAGCCCUGGCCUCGAGUACGGUCGACCGUCUGCCCCUUUACACCAUCACUACGACACACCCCGCAGCGUCCUGUCUGCCCCCGGCCCGGCUGAGCAGGCGGCGGCUCCCGAAGGCGCGGGCGACUCGGGCGGAGAGAUCCCUGCGGACUUCCUGGCGGCCUGGUUGCGGCUGAGACCCGCGGGCCAGGCGGGGGAGCCCGGGGGCGGCCCCGGCAUUUCAGUCCUGCAGUGUGAGAGCUGUGAGCUCGGAACAGGGCAGCCGUUCACCACUGCCUGUCAGAGCUGUGGGGGACUAAAGGGAACAACAGCUUUACAACUGGGAGCCUCAUCAAUCUUUGCUGUCCCAGGGACUGGUGUUGAAAUCAAAGAGAAAGCUGGCAGAGUUAGCCUUCCCAGGCUGCUUGGGUCGCAGAGUAUCCAGCGCAGGGAACAGCCGAGAAUAGUCAGCCAGACAGACCGGGUCAGCUGGCAAAGCAUUCUUGGAGAGCGAUAUGGCAUGCUGUGGGAUUUCAGGACCAGACACCCUAGGGACAAAGGAGGCUGCCAUCCUGGUGUAACCAGAACCAGACAGCCUGUCCUGAGUAAGGAUCCUGAUGCCAGGGGCCACACCCUGAGGCGUAGCCAUUCCGUGGAGGAAGGAUUGAAAACAGCGCCAGGCGGAUUUCCCAGGCACGGUGUGGCUGUUGGACGAGAGCCUGAGGUCCCUGGAGGUGGUGACAAAGGCAAUGGCGCUGCUCUUCCCCAGAGACAUUUCGGCUCCCCCGUAUAUGAAACCAUGGUGACGGCACGUCAUUCCAAACCGGGACUGGGAGACGCUUCUGGCUGGAGCCACGGCUACCGGCCACUGGGCCGUCUUUGGGGAGCACUGGAAAGUGUCCGAGAUGCAUACGAGGCCAUCGCUGUGCCCGGCCCACUGCUUGCUGCAAUGAGCAAGGCGCGGACCUUUCCCGGAACCAGGGGCCUUGCCGGCCACCGGGCGAACAGCCUCGGCUCAGCUGCCGAGCCCUACCAGUUUCCGCAGGCCCCUGCUCUCAAGACCAGAGACCCGGAGAGCAUCAGAGACAGCCUGCGUAUUCGGGACCAUGAGCCUGAGGGUGUGAGGAGAUGGGCGAGCAGGCAAGGCCAGCAACUCUCGAAGCUGAGGACAGCGAAGCAGGAGCUUGCGGAAUAUGAGGCCACCUCUUGGAAGGCAGCGCCAAAUGAACGCAGCGAUAUAACUGAAGAUAAAAAAACAACGAAAAAGGACGAGAAGCAGAAAAUGGGACAGAUGUAUGAACUCAUGGAGUCUCUUCCAAUGGAGAAACAGUUGGAGGCAGAGAAGGGCAGUGGAUAUGAAUACAUGGCCAGCUGUGGGCAACAGAAGCUGCUCCCGGAGGCAGAAGGUCCACCCGGGGCACUGAAGUCUCACCGAGGGCAAGGCAGUCACUUGGAAGCAGCGGGGCUAAGACAAAAAUGGGAGAAAGGGUUGCCAGAAGACGAAGCAUUGGGUGGCUUUGACACAAAGAGGUUAACUGGUGGGGCAUUUGCUUGCCCUCCAGAUCUCUCUGGGCCUGACAGAUCUCGUGGUGAAGGGCCAACAUAUGUCAACAUCCCAGUGAGUCCAGUGUCUAAGAAGCAGCUCCACUACAUGGAGCUUGAGCUCCAGGAACCCGGUGCUGCCAUUCGAGCAGGGGCGAGUUCAUCCAAGUACGCACAGAUCGACAUCACAGCGACGGAAACAGCGCACAAGGUGGGCAGCCAGCACGCCCAGCACCGGGAGGAACGGCUGCAAGAACUGGAGCAGAAGAGGAAAGGACCCCCACUGCAGUGAUCUGUGGGCUCUGUGGAACACAUUUCUUUUCUUUCAUACAAGCCCUGCGCACUGAAGUAGUUUCCAUGCCGGCCUGGGCAGACAGGUACCUGUCCGACUUCCACACUGACCUUGCUUCUGAAGCACCAAGACUGUGACUCUGCACGAGCUUGAAGGGCGAUUGGAUUCAGGAAUCUUGUGCGACGCAUUAUCGGCAGAGAAUGUAUUUUUGACCUAUUCCCUCCUCAUCCAUCUUUCAUCACCCUCCACCUCCAGCUGUCUCAUUGCUUGGGGUGCUGGUUGCCCUGUGGUGCCUUUCCCAUACUUCCAGAGGGAGCCACAGACAUGAAUAUUGUUGGGCUGUUCUUUACCUGGGAGGGGCAGUCUUAGGGUGUAUUGCAGGCAACCUCAAUCAUGUCCUCAUGCCUUGUAGUGGGCUGCUGUCCUCUCACUUCCCAUUCGUCCUUGCUUGGAGGUUCCAAGUCCAACUCUACAAUGCCCAUGGUACUUUUGCACACUGCUUGGGCAAGGGUGCUGAACACCUGACCUAAUUGGUCUGCAUGACCCAUCUUGUUGCCAGCUACAUAUUUAGAUGUGCAGAUGAGGUAGUUUGGACACUGGGAGGUGUUUUGGGGAAGACAACUUUUUUUUGCCGUUUUUAAUAAGCUAUGGUAAGGCUGCAAUUUGUGUCAUGGCGUACUGAAGAACACAGAAAAGUAAAGCAUAGGAACAGGCCCAUCAGCCCAUAACAUUUGCACUGAACACAAUGCCAAAUUAAUCUCAAUCCCUUCUGCCUUUUUUGAUCCAUAUCCCUCCUCAAUGUGACUAUCUUAAGAUCUUGUUCUUGUAAAUGCCACUAUCGUAUCUAUUUCCACCACUACCCCUGGCAGCCUGUUCCAGGAAUCUGUGUGUAAAAAAACUUACCUCACUCAUCUUCUGUAAGCUUUCCCCCUCACCUUAUAUGCACGUCUCCUAGUAUCUGGCAUUCUUACCCCGGGGAAAAAAUCCAUCUACACUGUUUAUGCCUUUAAGUUUACAAACUCCUAGAAGGUCUCCCCUCAGCCUCUGGUGUUCUAGAGCAGGGGUUCCAACAUUUUUUAAAUGUCAUGGGCCCCCAACCAUUAACUGAGGGGUCAGCGGACCCCGGGUUGGGAACCUUUGCUCUAGAGAAAACAACCCCCAAGUGUGUGUCCAUCCUCUCCUUUGAGCUCAUCUUCUCUAAUCCAGGUAGCAUCCUAGUAAACCCUUGUCAGCUUCCACACCCUUCCUGUAAUGGGGUGACCAGAAUUCCACGCAAUACACUAAAACAGUUUUAUUUAGCUACAACAUAGUUUUCUUACUCUUAUACCCCAAAGAAUGAAAGCAAGCAUGCUAUUUGCCUUCCUUACCAUCCUGGGUGGCAGAGUGGAGAUGCGUCUCUCCCAAAGGAGAUGUAAAGUACUCCUUCCUUCCGUUAGCCUGCAGGCACCACUGGGCAGGAGCAGCACCUGCUUAGCAAACCCACCCCGAUCAUGAAAACAUGACCGACAAGCCCUAUCUGCCCAAAGUGACUGAGUGUAAAGCGCCAGUAACCCGACUUUGCACCGUCUCCUGUCAGAAGAAAUGAUAGUAGCUAAGCUAUACAUGAAGGUCAGGAGCUGGACUUGAUUGUCAGAGACUAUUUAAGAUGCACACCAUUGGGAACUUUUAAUAGGUAGUGAGAGCUUAUCCUCACUACCACCCAGAACCUUAAGGAACUAUUUUGUAUGCCUCUAUCAAAUCCCUCAUUCUCCUACGCUCCAGGGAAUAAAGUCAUAAGCUAUUUAACCUUUCUCUGUAACACAGGUCCUUCAGGAGUGACAGAGUUUCUUCCCAAAAGGGUGUUGGAGAACAAGAUGUUUUAGUGAGCUAAAUGAUUUUUAAAUAGACAUGUUUCUUGAUCACCAGAGGGCAUGAGAGGCAACUGGACUAGAACAAUCAGGUACAAAAACAAUGGCAGCUCACUUCAAAGUUCUAAGUAAUGUUAUUAACCAAGUGCAUAUAUGACACCACAUACUAACUAUUCUGAGAUUCUUUUUUUUAAGUGGGGGGGAACAUUCACAGUAAAUACAAAGAAACACAAUAGAAUCAAUGAAAAUCUGCACAUAACAAAGACCAACAAACCGCCAAUGUGCAGAAGACAAGUUGUACAAAUAUAAAAACCCCUAAAUAAUAAUGAUAGAUAAGUAAUGAACAUUGGGAACAGGUCACCCUGGUAGUGUAGCGGUUAAUAUGACACUAUUACAGUUCAGGGCAUUGGAGUUCGGAGUUCAAUUCCAUUGUCCUCUGUAAUAACAGCGUGUUCUUCCGUUGAGCAUAUGGGUUUCCUCACUCAGUCCAACAACACACCAGUUAGCAGUUUAAUUGGUAACUGUAAAUUGUCCUAUGAUUAGGCUAGGGUUAUAUAAAUGGGUUGCUGGGCCAAAGGGGCCUGUUCCACGCUCUAAAUAAAAUGAGUUGUAGAGUACUUGAAAGUAAAUCCAUAGUUUGUGGAAGUAGUUCAGUGUUGAGUUAUCUGGUUCUAGAGCCUGAUGAUUUUGGGGUAAUAACUGUACCUGAACCUGUGGUGGGGUACCUAUGGCCCACACCACCAGAUUCCACUUCCCUGAUGGUAGCAGCAAGAAAAGAGCAUGUGACACUUACAUGGCAAACAGGGAUUUCUCCAACUAAAGGGACCUUCUGAGCAACUACCAUAUUCCUAUAAUGAACGUUCAACUGCCUUUGCAUUAUUUUACACUGGAUUGCCUUUUUAAAACAGCCCUGCUGAUUUAUUGAUCCACUCUUACAUUUUUUAAAAACUUAUUGGAAAGUUAACUGCUUGUCUUUUUUUUAAAUGUUCCAUCGUUCUGCAUCGUUGCACAGACACCAAUACCAGAUUCUGCCAAUCGGGGUCUUAAGGUCAAUUCCUUUUUUUUAAUCUUCCACUAUGUCCUGCUGAACAAAUCAAGAACAAUGCAAAAAAAAUCUUUCUGACAUCUGCAAUAGGAAAUGUUUUGCAAAUGUAAACCAGAGGGAAUGGAUGAAAAGUGUACAAUGAAGAGCUGUUCAGUUUUGAGGAGGGAUUUCCUCUGGUUUAGUUCUUGAUUUGUGUAUUUAUAAUGUAUUUAUUUUACAUGUGCAUAUAUAUAUAUAUAUUUUAAUCGACUUUUAUCUUUGAACUAUUUUGGGGUUACUGCUGUUAUCUUAAUGUAUAGUUGUGUUACUUUACUCCCAAUGUUAAUAUAUUCCCUCUUCGGGUUACAACACCCAUGUGGAGAAGUGAAGGUUAUGUACACUGUUCAAUAUCACUGCCAAAUCUCUUUUUUCAAACUAAUGUUUCACCCUCAAAGCUUUUAAUGCCGACUAACAAUAGACUUCUGAAAUUCUACAGAAUCACUUGUCAAGUCAAACUUGUUAGGAUUCAGAAGACUGCUGUAGAUACACAGUUCAUGUAUAAUGUCCAAGUAACUAACCCAUAUAUGACGGUGACACUAAAGGCAAUUUCUUUUUUUCUUUGCCUUAGUUGUUCACGCUAUUUUGAAUAAGAAUUGCUGAGGGAGAGAACUUUGCCAACACUAGUUCCAGCUUCACACAUUUUGUUCACAGGAUGUGGAUGUUACUGAUAGUCCUGUUCCUAAUUGCCCCUGAGCUUCAGGGACUACAUAACGUUAGCAUAACCAUUCACAUCCUCAGGACAUCAUAAAGUGCUUCACAGCCCAUGCCCGACUUUUGAAGCAUAAACACUGUUGUAACACAGACAAAUACAACACCCUAUUUGUGCCCUUCAAGCUUCCUGUUCCAUAGCAAUUGGAUAAAUGUCAUGAGAAGGACACAACUCACAAAUCCACCUGAUAAAUUGAUUUCCAUCUGGAAGUCAACAUGGGUGACAGUGUGAUGUCCUCUAGGACUAGACUAGAGUCAGUGUUGGUGCAUAAAGCACUAAAAUGGGCCCUGAGCCCUAAAGCUUAGCUCUUCAGCAAGAUUGCUACCACUUUUGUUGCAACACAAGUUCCAGAUCUACCCUUAAUUGCCAAAAUGAUAAAGUGGAAGUUGUGUCACUUGAUCUUGUUCCUCGCCAGUCCCACAUUGGAGCAGAAUUAGGCUUCCCUAACCUUGCAACCAGUUUCUGAAAAAAAUGAGAUAUCAAUCUCCCAGAAAAAUAUCCCACGUGAAGUUUGGGUUUUGUGAGAGGAACUUCUCCUAGGUGUCUAAGCCAAUCAGCAUCACUAAAACAGACACAAGAGACUGAAAUAAAUCCAGUCCAGUUAAAGGACUUGAACGCUGGCUGAUAAUUUCCUUCCAAAGCUUCUGCUUGACCCACUGAUGUCCUCCAAUAAUUUAAACAAAAAGCAAAAAAAAACUGUUUACACAACAAAGAAAUUAAGACCAGUUGUUCUUGUGUUUGCUAGUUGUCAGUGUGACAAAAGUGAUUGCAUUUCAAAUGCAAUUCUUUUGGCUUUGAAGCAAUUUGCAGUGUUCCAGGUUUGAGAAGUGCAAACUCUUCUAUUCAAUUACAUUAACACCACAUGCGAUGACAAGAGUGAAUCACUCUGACAGGUUAACAGCUGACACUGAUUUCACUAAUUGCAAUCAAUCUUUGUUUUAGAAGCUCAGAGGGUGAAUUGAUAAAGAAUUAUUACUUAUUGCUAAAAUAGUAUAUUGUUUUGAAACAAGAGUUAAAAUUUUAAGGGCUUGGAAGUUUGUUAUAUGAUGCCUGUGAGGUCAUCUUAAAAUAGGUCUUUGUUAUUUUUGUACAGAAAAUAAUUCCAUUAUUCUGUGGUCUCACCUCAGAUGUUACCUCAAUGUGCAGGGUACUGCAGAGACCCGGUCAAACUGCUGGAAAGCCGGUCCAUCUUCUUGGUGUUCAUGUGCCCCCAUUGAUGAGGAGCUGACUGUUUUGGAGGGACAGUUUGUUUGAAUCUCUUGCAACCUGCCAUUACUCCUUGCAGCAGGCUGCUUAACAUUGCAGAACCUGGACUGUCCUUGGUGGUAACCAUGUCUACACACCUUCAAAAGGAGUUGGAGUUCCAGCAUAUUGACCUGGGACCAAUCUCUCUUACUAAGCUGACUCAAUCCCUUAACAGGUGAACUCAGUUGAUACAACACAAACCAGAUUGAAACAGGCACCUUGUUUGCCCACUUUGGGCCAGGAUUCGAUGGCAGCAUCCACAUUAGAUUCUUGAAAUAGAAAAUGUAUGGGGAAAAGAGGAAUCAGACGAUCAGUAGGAGAGACUGACUGAUAUUUUAGGGUUGUAGUAUUUUCACCGAAAUUCACUAGUUUCUCCUACUCUCAGUUGCUGUAAUUUCAGAAUUAAAAAAAAAUCCUUCACGGGAUGUGGAUGCUGUUGGCAAAGUCAGCAUUAAUUGUCCAUCCUCGAUUGCCCCUGAAUUUACGAGGAUGUUUAAGAGUCAAUGACACUGGUGGGUCAUCACAUCAGGUAACGACAAGCAGGUUCAGUUGGCCUGGUGGUAUCUGUGAAGGUCUCUUUCCACGGAUGGUAUCAGACCUGCUGAAUAUUUCUGUUCUUAUUUCAGAUUUUUCUGUAUGUGUUCUUUUUCUUUGUGUUCCUCUCUUGAAGGGCAUUAAGUCAACCUGAUGACAACCCAGUAGUUUACUGAGACUGAGACUACUGGUUAUUGAGACUACUAUUUUUUUUUCCUAAAUUAAUGACUCAAUUUAAUUGCUUGCAUUUUUCCAAUCACCAUGGUAGUUCUUAGAAUUUGUUUCUGGAUCUGUGGUCUAGAACUUUGUGGCUGCUAACCACACUACCAUCCCCAUUCUGUGUUCAUUUGCAAGGAGGGCGCUGGAUUAAACUGCAGGAUGGAUUGGUUCUCAUCUUGUGCUCAGUGAGCCCAGAGAAGUGGCUGACCUUCCCUCUUGACGUUGAUCCAUGUCAGGUGCAGGCUCUUUACACAGAGUGUUGGGUGUGUGAAACACUAUGCCAGGGGUGGUAGAGACUGAUACUUUAGAGACUCUUAGAAAGAAAAAUGAAGGGCUAUGUGGGAGGGAAACAUUGAUUGUUUGUGGAGUAGGUCAAAAAGGUCAAUUCAACAUUGUGGGCUGAAGGGCCCAUUCUGUACUGUCCUGUUCUAUUUCUGGACAGUUGCUCCAGACACCAGUUGACCACUGACCUUUGCUUAUGCAAGUGACAUUUGCAGGAAGGCAGCAAAUCACAGAUUACUGUCACCAUCAGGAUAUGCCAGAUAGGAAUCAGAAAUUAGAGUGGUGGCUACAUAUUUAUCCAUUCCUAUCUCAGGGUACUGAGCUCAAUUAUUUUGCGUACACUGGCAUCAGUAUGCAACCCGGGAGUCAAGCCUGAAACCAAGUCUGCACAUCUUAAGUUUCUGUACUGACUCUGUUGUUGGGGUUUACAGGGGAAAUGGCUAAAUGGUUGAAAGAUAAUAAAUACUCUGCAACUGCUAAAGUGAGAGUAGGCUUUUUUCCCAUAUAUAUUAUACACAUACAUACACUGGACAUGUUUACAUAUUUUUAUUCUCAAUAUGUUUGGUGAUAAUCCCCAUACUGUACUGUACUUGUUAAAAUGUGGUUACUCCAUCUGUGCUCUGGAGACAGUUUUCAGUAUUUCAGUAACCUGACCUCAAUAAACAUCUUGGCUGAGACUGAUUUGCCUUUGGAGUAUUUUUUUUCUCUUUCCAACCAAUAUUUUCUUUUAAUUGUCAAAUGUUUUUGCAUUUAAUGCCAGUCAUGUUUUCUGCUGUAUCAAACUGUCAGCCUUUAGCUGCUAAGCUCAUUCAGGACCCAAGGACAAUAUAAGAAUUUAUGGUAAUAAAGAAUAUUUAUGGUGCAACUGUAACGAAAACCAAUU